GAAGACUUCCUGUAAUGGUCGCGCUUACAACCCCCUAUUAAUAACUUCUACUACGUUGCUAUAUAACAUCGUCGAAUCUCACACUCAUUUCUAGUAUACCUGAACUUUCUCAACAUUAGGAAAAAAAAAAUGGAAGGACCGAGAUUGUCGUCGUCGUCGUUGUUGUUCUGGUUAGCAGUGUGCAUGCUUUCAUUGGCUCCUAACAAGCUGGUUCUUGGGCUGGACCCAAACAAUCCAGGUUACAUUAGCAUCGAUUGUGGAGCACUGAAUAAUUACACCAACCCUGAUCUUCAAAUUUAUUAUGAGACGGAUGAUGGAUAUAUCGACUCCGGAGAAAAAAAGCAGGUAUCGAGCGACGACAUGGGUAAGGGUUUCCGAGCGAGUGCGAAGACCCUGAGGGAAUUUCCCGAUGGAGUUCGAAACUGCUAUACAAUCCCACCAACAACAACAACGUCAAAUAAAGGCAGCACCAAAUACUUAAUAAGGGCUUCUUUCUAUUAUGGUAAUUACGACAACCAAAACCGUACCAUGAAAUUCGACCUGUACAUUGGAGUUAACUAUUGGACGACAGUUGAUUUUUCGGACCCCGGCAGUUACAUCCAUAAGGAGAUAAUUCACGUGGUUCCACCUACUGAAGAUGCUAUACAGGUGUGCCUUGUAAACACCGGUAAUGGAACUCCACUCAUCUCUUCUUUGGAAUUGCGGCAGCUCGCCGGCACCAUGUACCCGAGCGAUGAUCAGUUUCCGACGCUAGCCCUCCAUAAGCGAAUAAAUAUGGGCAACACAGCCUAUGAGUCCAUGUUCAGACACCCGUCAGAUUUGUACGAUCGGUUGUGGGAUGUUGAUGAUACGGACGACGGAGGUGCACAAAGUUGGGCUUGGAAUGGCCCAUCGCCCCCUGCUCUGAACAGAACUAAUGACGCAUAUAAAGUUCCAAGGGGAGUUCUGGAAACAUUUAUUAUGAUGGAAAACUCAUAUGACUUGAGCCUUUUUUGGAAAGCACAUGUCCCUCGUGCUUCCAAAUGGAUCUCGUAUCUUCACUUUGCCGAACUGGAGGACGUGUCAUCACCUAGGGAAUUCACGAUUUACUGCAACGACGUGUUCCUUAAAACAAUCAGUCUCGAUUACCUGGUGCCAAUCACUGUUCCGACCAAUCAAUUUACCAGUGACAUUGGCUUCAAAUUCAAGUUUGUCACCAAUUCUUCUUCCUAUGUAUCAUCUCCGCCUCCAAUCGUUAAUGCGAUUGAGUUAUACUACCUGCUUGAUAUUUCAACCAUACCAACCGACCUCAAUGAUGUUAAUGCUAUGAAGGGUACCAAGAGAGCAUACAAUGUGACGAAUAAGAGUUGGCAGGGUGAUCCAUGCGUACCAACCAAUUUUACAUGGGAUGGUGUCAAAUGUAGCACCGAGAAUCCUCCGAGGAUCACUUCGUUGAACCUGAGCUCCUACGGCCUAAAAGGGAAAAUAGCUGAUGCACUGGCCAACCUAACAGCACUGAUAUCUUUGGAUCUGUCUAGCAACCAACUGACUGGGCCGAUACCAGAACUUUUAGCUAAAUUGCCGAACCUGAAUAUCCUUAACUUAAGUGGAAACAAUCUCACUGGUCCGAUUCCUGAGAGCCUUCAGAAGAAAAUCAUCGAUGGAAAAUUGGAAUUAAGAGUGGCAGACAAUCCUUAUCUUUGCCUGGAAGAUUCUUGUAAGCCGAAAAAGAAGAGGAAUUCCUUUGUUGUCCCUGUAAUUGCUGUAGGUUCAGGCUUAAUUGUUAUCCUGUCAAUAGCUCUAGCUAUCAUUUGGACACUUCUAAUGAAGAAAGGAAAAGGACAGGAAGGGACAAUCAAACUGAAAAACCGGCCCUUUACAUAUAAUGAGGUUUUGAAAAUCACCGACCAUUUCAAGACUGUUAUAGGAAAAGGAGGAUUCGGAAUGGUUUGCCUCGGAACACUGGCAAACAGCACCAAUGUUGCUGUGAAGAUGCUGUCUCAGACGUCAAAACAAGGACGCAAGGAAUUCCAAGCAGAGGCCGAACUGCUCAUGAUUGUUCACCAUAGAAACCUGGUUUCUCUGGUUGGAUAUUGCGAUGAUGCCAAGAAUAUGGCAUUGAUAUAUGAGCUCAUGGAAAAUGGAAACCUGCGGCAGCACUUAUCAGAUCAAAGUUGCAAUGCACAAGUCUUGACUUGGAAUGAGAGGCUACGAAUCGCAAUUGAUGCUGCACAAGGAUUGGAUUAUUUACACAAUGGUUGCAAGCCUCCUAUCAUCCACAGAGACUUGAAGACUCUGAACAUCUUGUUAAACAAGAGCAUGCAGGCAAAGAUUGCUGACUUCGGGCUAUCAAAAGCUUUUGCAGCGGAGAAUGAUUCCAACAUUUCCACUCGUCCUGCUGGAACUCCAGGGUACCUAGAUCCAGAGUAUCAGUCAUCGGGAAGCUUAAAUAUGAAGAGUGAUGUUUAUAGUUUCGGAGUCAUUCUCUUCGAGCUGAUCACAGGACACCCUGCCAUGAUAAGGAGCGCAAGCUGCAGCAUCCAUAUACUCCAGUGGGUGACUCCGAUCAUUGAGAGACGAGAUAUACAUAGCAUCGUGGAUCCACGGUUGGCUGGGAAGUUCAGUGUCAAUUCUGCUUGGAAAAUGGUCGAGAUAGCAAUGUCAUGUGUGCCGACGACUGCAGUCAUGAGGCCCGACAUAAGUCAUGUAUUAGCCGAACUGAAGGAAUGUUGGGCCAUAGAGAUGGCGUCUGAGAGAAGCCAAGUGAUAAUGAUGCGACAGAAAACGUGACAAAUCGGUACAUCGAGAAAAACAUGUUCUGACGACCAUGUCUCGAGUGAAACAGCCUUCGGAGCACAACUCACUGCCUUUAGCUGUGAAAAGACGUGAUUUAGCUCGAAUUCCAUCGUUUAUGUUAUUUAGGUAUUUUUGUAAUUUUAGGAAAAAUUUAUUCCUUUUGUGUAAUUUGGACAUUUUUAAUCAUAUUUAAGCGAUGUAAGCCCUAAGGCUAAACAGUUGUUUUUUGGAUCAUUUAAUAAAGUUUAGAGCUGCCAUGCUCUUUCGCCCAUUCUCGGAUUUGAUUCGAGUUGGAUG